GAACAAAUAUUGUAAAUUUUCUUUUCCCUAAGAUAAAUGGUGACACUGUUCUCUAAUCGUUUCAUCCGAAUUCCAGUUUAAACCCAAAUGGGUACCCAAUGAAAAAGAAUAACAAAUCUGAAAUUCUGAAAUCGUUAACUAUGCAGUGUGCAAGUCAAAUUACAAAACCACGUUUUGUGUUAUUUAAUAUUUUGUGUUUUUAAACUUCAUUGGAAAUUUUAUUUUUAUUUAUUAAAAAAUACUGAUGAUUGUAUACCUAUCAUAUAGAAUUUAUAUUUAAUUAAUUGAAACAUUAUGAAUGAACAAGCAAAUAAUUCGACCAAUUCUCAAUGUUCAACAACUGAAACCUUUAUUAGGCGGCAUAAUGCAUCAGAGGGUGCAGAGUCAAUUAUUACAACAGAUUCUUCAGGUGCUCAAACUUCAACAAUACAAUUAUUGGAAAAAUCAAUUGAUGAUGCUAACAACUUAAUAAAGAAACUAGAAAACGAAUCAUUAAAAUUAGGUACAGUAGAACACUGUGUACAAUUAUAUAAACAACAUUUAACACCAUCACUUUGUAUGUUACCUAAAAAUUACAUGUUUCAUAAUGGUAAAAAAGUUAUUAUAAAACAGAGUUUAAAAGAGAAGUAUUUAAAGAAACAGCUUGCUUUGACUUUAUAUUUUUUUGGUCCAGAAGUCUUACAUUUUUUUAAAAAAUCAUUUAAUCUUCCAUCUCUAAACACUAUGAAAAAAAACCUUCAUCAAUAUGACAUGAAACCCGGUCUAAAUGAUUUUGUAUUUAAUCUUAUUAAGUUUAAAAUUAGCAAUUUUAAAGUUAAAGCUUGAGAUUGUGUUCUUUAUGCAGACCAAAUGUCUAUAAAAACACACCUUUUUUAUAAUGUUUCUAAGGAUCAUAUAAUUGGGUUCAAUCAAUUGAGUUCACAUAAAACCUAUGAAAAAGCAACAUAAGCUCUUGUUUUUAUGAUAAGAGGUAUUAAUUUUAAGUGGAAGCAAAAAAUUGCAUAUUAUUUACUGUCGAGCUGUACCAUUAACGAUUUAGUUUCAAUUGUUCUCUAUUAUUCGUAAACUUCAUAAUAUUGGUCUUUGAUUUACAAUCAAGCACAUUCAUCCAGAGCCUUUUGAUGAAAUUAAAGUCAGUUUGGCAACACAAGUAUUCAGUGCCAAUUUAGCUGCAAGGAUGUUUCUAGUAAUGGACACUGGAAAUUUGCCUAAAAGUUCACUACCAACUAUUAAUUUUAUUAAUGAUAUGCAUCAAUUAUUUGAUAUAUUCAACAACUCAUACAAAAAUAUUACCCCUCAAAAAGAUCACCUAUCUAAAAUGACCGAGUUGUUUGAAAAUAUGAAAGUGAUAAAUAAUUCUGAUAAUUCAGAUAUAACUUAUAAUGUAAAGUUUAUAAAUGGGUGGAUGGUUUCAAUAAGUGGCUUAAAUAUGUUAUGGGAAACUCUUAAACCAACAAUUAAUAAAGAAUAUGUUUUGUGUACGCAUUGGUUGAAUAAAGAUUUUCUGGAUAGUGGGUUUGAUAAAGAAAGAAAACAAAAUAGUAAAGAAUUUAAACCCACCUCUAUACAAUUUGUUAAGACAUACAAAAAAUUAUUUUACCAAGAUUAUUUUCAAUAUUAUUCUUCUGCAGCAAAAUUCCCAGGAGACCUUGACCAAAUUAUAAUUAAAAUUAAUGACCAACCUUUAUUUAAUAACAUUUUUCAUAUAACGAGUCAUCAACAACAAAAUGUUUUCAAAUUUUCUCCAAUUGUUAUUGGCACCAUAGAUUAUAGACAAUUAAAUAUACCAGAGAGGAGAAAUAGUUUGCCAUAUGUAUGUGGAUAUUUAAUGAGUAAAUGUUUAGAGAAACAUGUUUGUGAAAUUUGUAUCAAUUAUGCCUAUUGUCAAAAAUCAUUAGAUCAGUCUUUCUUAGUAGAGUUUUUUAAGUUUCAUUCUUAUUCGGUCAACUCAACUUCCAGUAAAUUCUCAACAUACUCAGACAAUUUUCAAGAUUAUAUUAUGAAAUUAGAUGAUAAUUUUGUACUUAGUUUCCCCAUAUAUUCAAUUAAAGAUAAUGUCGGGACCCGAUUGAAGGAUUUUUUAUGUAAUACAUAUUGAAACACCCCUGUAAUCUUUUUGACAAAACAUUCUUGCUCAAUUUAUAUCUUCGUUUUAGAAUUUUUACUACUGUUAAAUUUUCAAAUAAUGCAAAAAUGACUAAAGAACUUAAAUUAGCAAUUUUUACAUUGUAAAAUUAAUAAUAAAAAAAAAAAAAAAAGUUUAAGUUUAAGAAUAUGUUGUGUAAUUAAUUUUUUUUUGUUAAUUUAUUGACUGUUAUAAAAAUGUAUUUUUAAUUUUGUGACUGUAUUUUGGUAAAUAAAAAUAA